CAGUCGCGUGUAAGAAUGCGGUAGACAACGUUCGAACCGGUAAUAUCUAGUAUUAUUUACAUUCAUUUUUUAUUUCUUUUUAACAUUCGUUAUUGUCAAUUGUAUAAGACAAUGGAUUUAGGUUUCGAUUAUUUCCCUUAAAAACAUCUGUUCGUUCGAAUGUCAGGUGCGUGGUGCGUUCGUAAUGCUGUUCAAUGGCGAAUAAUCGGUGACGUUUAGAAAUCAAGUUAUCAUAAUCUACACGUGAUAACAUGUUCAAGUUCCGUUUUCAGUUCAUUUACUUUGCACUGCGUUUAAAUCGGUGUAAACAUACGACAGUUGGAUACUUGAGAGAACUUUUAUAUUAAUAACAUAAUUAUUUAGUAACGAAUCUACUACUUAGACUAAUUAAGAAAAAGCUGAGGACGAAAAAAUCAAUUUUGUUACUUCAUAUUCAUCGUAAACACGUUAAAUGUAUCAUAAUGAAAAAAAAUUGAAAUAAAAGUUGAUGCAAAUCAUCCGAUUCUGGUGAAUCUGUAAGAAGAAAUCUGUGAAUACUAGUUAUGAGCAAAGAACCAUGGUUGAAAUUUCUUCGUGUGAUUAACAGUGAAAAAUUUAGUAAAUAGCAAUAAAUCAUGGAUUAUGACUAUAUGUCUUUUCAUAGAGAAAAGGAUGUUCACAAUAAAUGUUAUGGUGGAAGAUUGUGGUGUAUAAAAGAUAUAUGUGGAAUUAUAUGUGCAAUUUUAACCUGGUUGUUAAUAAUUUAUGCAGAGUUUGUAGUAAUGGCAGUUAUCCUUAUUCCCACAAUAAAUACUUUAUACUCUAGUUUAAACACUGCAAUAUUUCAGUCAUUAACUUUCUUGGCUUUUGCAUCUCAUUUAAGGACAAUGUUCACAGAUCCAGGUGCUGUUCUGAAAGGAAAUGCUACCAAGGAAAUGAUUGAACAAAUGGGAUUUAGGGAUGGACAAGUCAUAUUUAAGUGUCCUAAAUGUUGUUCUAUUAAGCCUGAUAGAGCACAUCAUUGUUCUGUGUGCCAAAGAUGUAUUAGAAAAAUGGACCAUCAUUGUCCAUGGGUUAAUAAUUGUGUUGGGGAAAAUAAUCAAAAGUAUUUUGUUCUUUUUACUUUCUAUAUAGCAGCAAUGUCAUUGCAUUCUUUAUUGCUAUGUAUACAACAAUUUACUACAUGCAUAAGACAAGAGUGGAAAGAAUGUUCUACAUUUAAUCCACCUGCAACAGUGGUACUAUUACUUUGCUUGGCAUUUGAAGCCCUAUUAUUUGCCAUUUUCACGGCUGUAAUGUUAGGGACACAAUUACAAGCAAUUUGGAAUGAUGAAACUGGUAUUGAGCAACUUAAAAAAGAAGAAGCCAGGUGGGUUCGUAAUAGUAGAUGGAAAUCCAUUCAAGCUGUCUUUGGAAGAUUUUCGAUUGCUUGGUUCUCACCCUUUACUUCUCCUCCAAAAGGAAAGACAAAGCAAGAUUCUUAUUUAUAUUCCGUAUAACAUGCAUCCCAGGGAUAUUUAAUAUUUGUAAAUGUAAAAUAAUUGUGAUGCAUCAUGAAUUCAUGUACCAGCAAAGGAAAUGUCUAUAAUCUUGUACUGUUAUUUAACAUUUUAUUAUUUCAUUGCGACGAUUUGUGAGAGAUACUUAAACAAAACGAACAUCCAACAUAUAUAUUAUAAUUAAAAUUUGUAAACUUGUAAGCAUAUGAUAAGAUAUGCUUCUUGUAAAGCUUCUUGUAUUAAAACAUUUUAUUAUUGAUCGUAAUAGCGACAGCGCCAAGUUACUUUUUAUCCAUCAAUAUCUACGCAUAAUACUGGGACUUGUUUAUCGUACUAGCAUAAUUUAUAUCGUGAAAGUUAAUAUAUAUAAAACUAUGUGCGAUUGUGUAUUAUAUGUGACGAGUAAUAUGCGGAACAUGACAUUAAGUUUAUCAUAUCAUGAGUUUUAAGCGAUUCGAAGAGUUAAUGGAUCGACGUUUUGCACUGUUUUAGAGAAUAUAUAUUGCACAUUGUGAUAGUAACGUACUACUUACAUUUAUCAAUAAUUUAUAUGAUAUGAUAUGUAACAAAAAAGAAAAGGUUCUAUAAGAUAAAUCUUAUUUUUUUCGAUUAUAAGCAUAUUAUAGUUUAAUUACAUUUUCUUAUUCUUCGAUACUGUAUUUCUACGACGAUACCUGAUUUUUUUGUACAGUUUGUACAAAUACAAUUUCUUACGUCUACCAACA